AUGUAUGUAGACCUACACUUAAAAUAUUCUUCAAAGAAAAAUGUCAAAGCAUUGAUAUCGAAGGCACUUAAUGUGGGCUUCAGCAUAACUGCAAUUGGUGUACAAUACGAGGCAGAUAAUAGGAAAGUUUAUUGUGAAAGUUUUAAGUUAGUGAAUUGCUUAACAUACAAUAAGGAUGUAGGUGUUGACCAGAAAAUUAAAAGUUCUUCAGGAAAUUAUUUUAUUGACCAACUUAAUAAUGAAGAAGAAAUACGUGAACAGUUAGUGCAAAUAAGUAGCAACCUUGAAGGAAAUUACAUCUUAGUAAAUAGGUGUAAUACACUAAGUCUUAAAUAUAUGUGUGAUGAUUUCAUAUUACGUGACAAAAACCAAGUUAGUACAAAAGAAGAACUAAAUAAAUUAAAUGAAUACCUUAUGAAUGCCAUCACAAUUAGGAAUUCCAAUUUAAGCAUGUUUCUAUCGGAAAAUACAAAUAAUUAUGUACUCAAGAGAUUAAAUAUAAAAUAUGAAGAUGCAGUAAGGAUUGAUAAUUAUAACAAAUUCAUAAAAAAUAAUGACUUUGAUUUAGUAGCAAUUGAAAUUAACACAGUAGAAGAAAUUAAUUAUAUCGCUACUAAAUUAGAUUGUGAUAUCAUUUUUUUUAAUAUGAAAAAAUCCUUUGUACAAUUAAAAAAAUCCGAUAUACAAACUGCAUUAGAUAGGGGAAUAUUUUUUGAAAUAUCUUCCAUAACUUCAACAAAUGAAGAUUUUCAAUAUUAUCCUACUGCUCUGAAUAUAAAUAGCAUAUUUUCUACCAUUCCUUUUAAUAAAAUCAUUGUAUCUUCAGGUGCUUUUAAAGAAAGUGAAGUAAUAGAACCAUUAAAUUUGUUAAGACUUUUUUUUAACUUUAACAAAUUUUCUUAUAAAGAUUUAAUUGGUUCUAUCACCACUGUCCCACUUACCUGUAUACAAAGAGCAUCUGUUCGGAAGUCAUCUAAUACUGCAGUAUUUCACAAGUAG